AUGGGGUCUUCUUCUGUGUUAGUCACCAGAGAAGAGUUCAACAUGUUUCACUCCAUAGACCGUGAACUUUACGCAAGGCUAGUCCAAAAUCUCGGCAGAAACCCCGGCCAGUCCAUGCAGGUGAUUGCACUGUGGCUAUGGCUGGAGCAGACGGGCUACAGUGAUAACUUGGUGACCAACGUGUUGGCAUUGCCGGGUUUCAUGCUCAAUGCUAUCGUAGAUGAGACAGUGACCUGCUUGAACUGCAUUGACGAUCCUAAGCCCGUGCCUCUUCCCUCCUCUGAUGCUAACCUCAUUCCUUUGCUUCAGUGCUUGACAAAAGGCGCCAUUUCUCUUCAGUUCUUUCAGGAGAACAGGAUUGCUGUCAUUAAAGGAGUUGCAAAACUGGUGGAUGAAGUUUGUACACGGGCAUUUCAGGACAUACUGCAACAAACAUUCCAAAACAAUGCGGGCAAUGGGGUUGCUAUGGAAGGAAUAUAUGGUACUCCCGCCCAUGUGGGGAAUUUGUUUUCUCUGAUGAUGAUGGAUCCCGUGCCGCCACCACCUUCGCCCUCGUAUUAUUCUGGAGUUGGAGGUGUCACUGACUUGCGAACUGGAACAGCUCGUGUUGCUCCACACACCCUGAAUAGUAGUGGAGUGAGCCAGAGGCAUAGCCCCAGCCCCAUAGAUCUCUCUGCUGCUGAGGAGAGACCUGUUCCACCGGAUGAAAGAACCAUUUUCUUGACCUUCUCCAAGGGCUACCCAAUCUCCGAAAAUGAAGUCAAAGAUUUCUUCACGAUAAAAUAUGGAGACUUCAUUGAAGCAAUUCACAUGCAAGAAGUGAAUGAAGUAACUGAGCAACCCCUGUAUGCACGCCUUGUUACUCGAUCUCCCUCCAGUAUUGAAGUUGUCCUGGAAGGCAAGAGAAAGGCCAAAUUUUCCAUCAACGGAAAGCAUGUCUGGGCCAGAAAAUUUUUUCGAAAGAGCUCCGGAUCUCCCCGAAAAUCAUCGUCACCACCAUCAUCCCAACCAACUUCGCCGCCGGCCACCCAAGAUUAG